UUCCGUUUGCAUAAUGGCCGGACCAAGUCCGUUUUUAUCACCUCUUCCAACAGAUUUAAUUUCCGAAUAUAUGUUCGGUCGUCGACGACAGCGACGAAACAGAACCACAUUCACCCCACAGCAACUGCAAGAAUUAGAGUCAUUAUUUCAGAAAACACACUACCCAGAUGUAUUUCUUCGAGAAGAAGUAGCUUUAAGAAUAAAUUUAUCAGAGGCAAGAGUACAGGUUUGGUUUCAAAAUCGUAGAGCAAAGUGGAGAAAACACGCACGCUUACAACUUCUCCAAGAUGCUUGGAGAAUACGUUGUCUAGGAUUAGGAACUUCGCCAAUGCUACUUGGUGGGAAUAGUGCUCAUCUGGGCCGAACUCCUUUACAUUCCUCUGAUAUGUCUGAUCCGCCUCCUACAUCAAUGAGUUCAGAUCCAAUCACAAGAGAUGGAUAUCAAAGAUUCAUGCCAUGCUUUCAAUCAGAUGAUAAGAGAUCAAACACUUCAAUAAUCCAUCCUCAAGCUCAUUCCCCUAUGUGGCCAUGUACAUCUUUACCUUCAAAUCAUUCUAAUCAAUCCAUGCAAGGGAUGCCUUUAGUGGUGAAACCGCAGCACAUCUCUGCACGAUCGCCCCCAGUUAUUGAAGAUAAAUUCAUAGAAAAUGCCUCAGAUCUGAGUAAAAGUGUUUCUGAAGAUCGAAUCAGUCCUAUUUGCAAUGUGGUGUCAUCAAAUAGUAGUGAUGUGUCUGAAUAAUUUUUUUUUCAAUUUUCCCUACAUACUAGGUAUGGACCAUCUUUCAUUAAUUAACGUAGGUUUUAUUCGCAUGUAAAUAAUUGAUAAGUAACAUUCGCACGUGCUACUUGUGCGUACCUAUACUUCAUAAAUCAUUAAAAGUUAUUUUUUCCUUUCGUAGUUCGAUAUGAAUGUACUUUACCUACUUGAAUAUUGAAUAUUAAUAAAACGUAAUGCAAAGAAA